AUGUGGAGCGGUAUUGGUCCGCGUAUCAUCAUGAUCGGUACGCUAACGGCUCUGCAGUGGUUCAUUUACGAUGGUUUCAAAGUCGCUAUGAGGCUACCCCGACCUCCACCUCCUCAGAUGCCCGAAUCGUUGAAGAAGAAACUUGAAGGCCAGCAGCACUGA